ACCCUCUCAUAGCCAUCUCUCUACACCCCACCCCUAGGUAGCUAAGAUCCCCUCUAUCUUUCUCUCUUCCAUCUUCCUCCUUAAGAAAGAAAGCAGCUGGUGGCAGGGGCAACUUGUAUUGUUCCCGACCUUUUCUCCCACCUUAUCUCAUACAUACACUCAUAUAUACCUACUGCACACAUACACCAAGAUCCAAGAACCUUCAUUGUGCUUCCCCCCUGAGUUUGCUUGCUACCCCCCAUUUCUAGCAUCUAUAUAUUCAUCCAUCGAUUCCAUGGCAUAAUCACAUAUCAUAGUACACAUAUGCAUGUAUUCCAAUCUCCAAUCAACCAAAGAUUCUCGAGGCCCAUAUUCUAUUAGGCUAAUUAGCCCUAGAAAAAUCUCCAAGAAUAGCAGCUUUUAUAGUAGUGUUGCUUGUCAUCCCAGCUCCCAGAAAUAGCAUACUAGUCAAAGUCAGCACCUUCUCGGCAGCUGGAGCUCGAUCGAGAGGUUGUGGUUGUGGAGCCACCGCGCCCAAUCUAUGGAGUUCCUCCCAAUCGGCGGCGAGGAUUCGGAGCGGGUUUGCGCAUCGUCGGCCGUGGAGAAGGAGCACAUGUUCGAGAAGGUGGUGACCCCGAGCGACGUGGGGAAGCUGAAUCGCCUGGUCAUCCCCAAGCAGCACGCCGAGCGCUACUUUCCGCUCGACGGCGCCGCCGCUGCGGCGGCUGCGGCUAACGGAAGCGGCAAGGGGAUGGUGCUGAGCUUCGAAGACCGCGCGGGGAAGGCGUGGCGGUUCCGGUACUCGUACUGGAAUAGCAGCCAGAGCUACGUGAUGACCAAGGGCUGGAGUCGCUUCGUCAAGGAGAAGCGCCUCGGCGCUGGCGACACCGUCCUCUUCGGCCGCGGGGGCGUCGGCGAGAGCCGUCGCCUCUUCAUCGAUUUCCGCCGCCGACGCCCGGCCUACGUGUUCCCGCCGCCGGCGACUUCUUCGUCGUUGCAUUGCCUGGCGGCGCCUCUCCCUUCCGUGCCGCUCAGCCCAUGGCGGCGGGACUACGGAAUCACCUACAGCGGCGUCUCCGCCGCCGCGGGGUCCAUGUCCAGCCGUCACGUGCUGUUCCUACGGCAGCCAAUUUCAGCGGCAGUGGUGCUCAAAUCUGUGCAGGUGCGUGCCGCACUGGAGGUACCGUCGAGGCAGAAGCGGGUCCGGCUGUUCGGCGUGAACCUCGACUGCCCGCCGGCACUGGAGGAAGGCGGCGUGUGCGGAGUCACGCAUACGGUGGCGCCGACGCUCCUGCAACAGCUGCUCCCAUCGCCGUCAUCGUCUACGUCGUCCACGGCGGGGAAGGAGGCCUGCUCCUUGGAUCUUGGACUGUGAUCGAAUUCAAGUUAAGGCCGGCCGGCAACUAGCUAGUGCAGUCUGCCGUGUACUGAAUACUGAGUACUGACACGCGCGAACUGAUCAAGAGAAGAAUUGCAUGACUGGAUAAGCUAGAUGCUUGGUACGUAUAUAGCUCCAGCACUGCAUUUGUAACAUUCAGAUGAACUAUUUCUUGCUUGUUCAUAAGAUUUGCUUGCUUUGCUAAUUAAAAUAGUUAAUUGUUCUUCGUUUCCA